CCAGCCCAAUAGACUGAUGAGUUAUUGUCAUGUAAAAAGCGCCAGCAAUAAGACCAACCGCUUUGCUAUUGUCCAAGUGGAAAGAGCCAAGUUUAUUAUGAGGACUAUAUGCUCUAGAGACCUCAGGCAAGGCAUCUCAUAGGAGGCUUUUUCAUAAAACUAGGCUCUGCUGGUAGUAAGGAGGCCACUCUCGAAGCAGGCGUUGAGCUGUGCACAUCUCCCCACCACAGGCACCUUCUCCAUAUAUCCAGCUUUUAUUUCAUUUUUUCCACUUGGCUGAGCCAUCCAGAGCCUUUUCAAUGUAUAAAAUGGAAUAUUCUUACCUCAAUUCCUCUGCCUACGAGUCCUGUAUGGCUGGGAUGGACACUUCGAGCCUGGCUUCAGCUUAUGCUGACUUCAGUUCCUGCAGCCAAGCCAGUGGCUUUCAAUAUAACCCUAUAAGGACCACUUUUGGGGCCACCUCUGGCUGCCCAUCCCUCACUCCAGGAUCCUGCAGUCUCGGCUCUCUUAGGGACCACCAGAGCAGUCCAUACGCAGCAGUUCCCUACAAACUCUUCACCGACCACGGGGGUUUAAACGAGAAGAGGAAACAGAGGCGGAUCAGAACUACCUUCACCAGCGCCCAGCUCAAGGAGCUGGAGAGGGUGUUCGCAGAGACUCAUUAUCCUGAUAUAUACACCCGGGAGGAGCUGGCACUCAAGAUAGACCUCACCGAGGCGAGAGUGCAGGUCUGGUUCCAGAACCGCCGCGCCAAAUUCCGCAAGCAGGAGAGGGCGGCGGCGGCGGCGGCGGCGGCCGCCAAGAACGGGGCGGCCGGCAAGAAGUCCGACGCCUCCCGCGACGACGAGAGCAAGGAGGCCAAGAGCACCGACCCCGACAGCACCGGCGGCCCCGGCCCCAACCCCAACCCCGCUCCCAGCUGCGGCGGAGGCGGUGGCGGCGGCCCCAGCCCCGCGGCGGGGCAGGGAGCGGCAGGGCCCGGCGGGCCGGGGGGCGAGCCGGGCAAGGCAGCGGCGGGGCCCGGCGGGCUGGCGGCGGCGGGGCCGGGGCAGGGCUGGGCGCCGGGGCCCGGGCCCAUCACCUCUAUCCCCGACUCGUUAGGCGGCCCCUUCGCCAGCGUCCUCUCCUCGCUGCAGCGGCCCGGAGGCACCAAAGGCAGCCUCGUCAAGAGCGGCAUGUUCUGA